AGCCACUAAUUUCUCUUAACCACUAAACUUUUGGAUAUGAAACUUGUCAUAAACUUGUAUAUAAUCAGACCCAAAGCAUUUGAGCAAAACACAAGUACCCUGACAUUCAAAAAACUUUCAUUUUUGUGCAAUUCUCAAAGUUCUUGUACUCUAUUUUCCUUCAUUGUUUACAGUUACAUCAUAUUCCUUGAGAAUGGGUAUCAAAGUGACUCCAUUUAUUCAGGCUACUCGAACCCUAAGGAGGUCUUCAACAACUGGAGGUGUUCCAAAAGGGCAUUGCGCAGUAUAUGUAGGGGAGAGCCAGAAGAAGCGAUUCGUCAUGCCAAUAUCAUACCUUAGCCAGCCUUUAUUUCAAGACUUGUUAGCUCAAGCUGAGGAAGAGUUUGGAUUUGAUCAUUCAAUGGGCGGUCUCACAAUACCUUGCAAAGAGGAUGUGUUCAUUGAUCUCACCUCCCGCUUAAGGAGAUUAUGAGUAGGACCAUGGUGCAGAUUCUUCUGCCCAUGAAAUUUUGUAAAGCAGUAGUUUUAGAAAUGAGAAAGAUGAGAGAUAGUAGAGAUGUCACUUCCUUUUAAGUCGGACUUGACAAUGAGGGAAAACAAUUCCUUGUUUUUUCUUAACCAUUUUGUAUAGUAGUAGUAGUAGAAAACUUGGAUUUUCUGCUUGUAAAGUUAGUUAAAAUGACUAACCUCCUGUCAAAUGAAUAUAGCCAAUUUUUAUUCAAGCAAA